AACCAGCUCUUCUGUCCAGAGGCAGCAGGACUGUGAAGGUGUUCGCUGAGUGAGGACAGCGCUCUAGGCAAAUGAGCCAGUGAAGUGGGCUGUACCGCUCGCUACGUAACGACUAGGGGAAGAUCUCCCCAGCCCUCAACUCACUGCGCUCCCAACAUUUCCUCACUCCGCACACGCCGCGCGCAACAUCCCACCGCUGAUUUGCGCACCGUUUGCAGGAGGACUUUCUAAAAAAGCGAGAACUGCAUGUUGACGACCGGCAGAUUUCCACUAGAAUGCUGGGCGCAGUGAAAAUGGAAGGACGAGAAACUCCUGACUGGAGUAGCUAUUAUACCGAUGCGCAAGAGGUUUACUCUCCCAUGACCAACAGCGGCAUGAACGCUGGACUGAGCUCCAUGAACACCAUGAACAGUUACAUGAGUAUGUCCACCAGUGGGAAUAUGACCUCUAGCUCCUUCAACAUGUCUUACGCGAACCCUGCUCUGAGCGCUGGACUAAGCCCGGGGACUAUGGCGGGCAUGCCGUCGGGCGCGAGCGGCGCGAUGAACGGGAUGAGCGGCGGGGUGUCCUCCAUGGGCACGGCGCUCAGCCCCACCAACAUGAACGCGCUUUCGGCUCAGCACGGCUCCAUGAACGCUCUGAACCCUUACUCGAGCAUCAGCCCCACCAUGAGCCCCAUGAGCUACGCGCAGCCCACCCUCAACAGGGCGCGGGACAACAAGACUUUCAGGAGAAGUUACCCGCACGCCAAGCCCCCCUACUCCUACAUCUCCCUCAUCACCAUGGCCAUUCAGCAGUCCCCCAGCAAGAUGCUCACGCUCAGCGAGAUCUAUCAGUGGAUAAUGGAUCUUUUUCCGUACUACCGUCAGAACCAGCAGAGGUGGCAGAACUCCAUCAGACACUCGCUGUCCUUCAACGACUGCUUCGUCAAAGUGUCCCGGUCGCCCGACAAGCCGGGCAAAGGCUCCUACUGGACGCUGCACCCCGACUCUGGGAAUAUGUUCGAGAACGGCUGUUACCUGCGCAGACAGAAGCGCUUCAAAUGCGACAAAAAGGUCGCGGGGGGCAGUGGUGGGAAGGGGUCGGACGGGAGGAAGGAGCAGCAGAACGGCUCCGGCUCGCCCUCCAGCGACAGCUCGAGCACCAAGGCCGUCCACAUGGACUCCAACUCCAUCGCCGGCGCGACCCAGUCGUCUGGCCCUCACGGCCUGGAGCACAGAAGCGGCGCCGCCAUCUCCGAACUGAAGAGCGGCGGCCCGCAGAUCCACCCCGUGGCCAGCUCGGCCACGUCCCUGUCCUCUCUCCCUUUACCCCCUCACUCUAUGGCCCACGAGUCCCAGCUGCACCUAAAGGGAGACCCCCAUUACUCGUUCAACCACCCGUUUUCCAUCAAUAACUUAAUGUCCUCCUCGGAGCAGCAGCACAAACUGGACUUGAAAGCUUACGAACAAGCGUUGCAAUAUUCGUCUUACGGCUCAGGUAUGUCUUCCAGUCUGCCGCUGGGCAGCGCUUCCAUGGCCGGCAGAGCCAGCAUGGACCCCUCCGCUUUAGAGGCGUCUUACUACCAAGGUGUGUAUUCAAGGCCGGUUCUUAACACUUCUUAGUCCCUUCUUAUUCUGUGCCGAUUGACAGAUAAACUUUAUUUUAUUUUUUUUGCAUGCACCCGGUGCAUAAAGGACUGUUACUUUAAAGUAUAAUAAUGUGUAUGUGUAUAAUAAAAACAUAUUGUAAAGUGUCCCCCUCCCCCCACCACCUGAAUGAUUGUAUAUCCCACCUAUAAAAUCAUUGCUAGUGUAUUUAAGGCGAUUUUCCGAGCUUGUAAAAUAAUGUUGUAACCCUCAAACUUGUAGACCCCUAUGCUAUGAUGUGUCCAUGUGUUACAAUGUGCACGAAUGAAGGUCUUGUGUUUCGCGCUGCAGGUGUAAAAAACAAAAAAACAAAAAACAAAAGAAAAAAGACGACCUGUCUGUUGCAGAUGUAUCUGGAUGUUGUCAUUUUUACUCGUUCUUUUUGCCUUUUGUUUACCUCGUUGGACGGAAAAAAACCCGAUCUUGUACUGAACUAAGUUAAUCAAACGUGGAAAUGCAUUACGAAUAAAACACGUAUUUCUUAAUCACGCA